AUGACGUUCCCUGUGCGGGCGGCCGUGGCAGAUGCUGCUGGGUUACCCGUGUUGCCGUCGCUGGACGUAAAGCGUUCGGCGCAGCUUGUGGGGAACGCGAUGGCGAUGCAGAAUGUCGCCCUUGUCGUGAUGGUGGCAAUGUCUUGCUUUUCACAGGGACAGCAAAGGCCCCCUGUGCCGGUGCCAAACACCAGCACGCCAGCGACUACCGCCGCUGCGGGAGCGCAUGCACAGUUCAUGCAGCCUCCAUACCAGGCAGCACAAGCGCAGAUGAUGGGGCAGACUGCGCCGGCAGCUGUCAUGCAGGGUUCCCCGGCUGCUGGAUCACUUCCGUUCAUGAUGCCUGGACAGACUGUGCCGGGAGUAGGAGCACCUGCACAUGCUGGCCAGUUUGCGCAGUAUGCUGGCAUGCCGAUGGCCGUCUACCCUGGCAAUGCUUUGAUGCCGCAGGCUGUCAUGCCAACCCCAGCAUCUGGCCUGGCGCCUGAGGAGUCAGGGAAAGACUCUACAGCGGGCGGAAACAAGUCAAAGAGACGCCGUGGGGUCGGGAAAGACAAGAAGCAGGACUACAUUAUGCGCGACCUCUUGUGCACAUCGGAUCCAGACAAUGCGAACAUGAGCUAUCUGGAAGGGCUUGAUUCCGCAACCCUUGGGGCCAUGGCGCAUCUGUACUGGGGCAAAGCCCCAGAGAUGCGCUUGAAAGAGAACUCAAUCGCCACUGCCAAAGAGCUGCAGCGCGACUACACCCGGCGGGGCUCGCCAGGACGUGCCAUCCCGGCACACGUGUUGGUCACGAUCAGCAAGGCCGUCCUUGGCGGCCAGGCGAAAGCUUGGAUCCUAGACAACGGUCACACAGAGCGGAACGUGACCAGCCUGCUGCCCGCUCCCUACCACGAUCAGUACAUGCUUCGAUUGGAGGCAGGCUUAGACAAAGUGAACCCGGAUGUGAUUUUCUGCGACACUCUCCAAGCAACUGUACCGAAUCCGAUGCAGUUGCCAGUGGAUAUUUACAAGAAGGAACAGAUCCGGGCACUUCUCAGCCCCCAGGCACAGAUGAUUCACUUGGGAACCGCAGCACAGGCGGCUCCCGCCGUGGACAUCACGAAGCCAACCCCGCCUUCCCAAGACGUCCACAUGGUGUCAGGCCAGACACCCAGACCAUCCAACCAGCAAGCAAUCUCGCCGGGUGUGCUGGCUGCCGGCACUUGGGGAGCGCCGCUUCUUCCUGGAAUGCAGGGGACAGGCGAGUCACUCUUCUCUUCCAGGGGUGGAUGUGUCGGAGCUGCUGGAGUGGAGCCCCCACCAAGCUCGGACGAGGAAGAGCCAGAGGAGUUUACGCUGACCUUCAAUGCCGACAACGGUGUCCAUAUCCUCCGAGAGACUGCAUCGAAGGAGCAUCGGGUCCUCCCGACGCAAUCCGAGGGAGGAAACAAGCCGCAAGUUCAAGCAGUGGUUCGUUGCCAGCCCAUCCAAGACGUGCAAGCCGUGUUGGGUGGCCAGCCUCUUCCAGGCUGGGUCGUGAACCUGUCAGUGAGGCUAAUCCUAGGCCAAUCGGAGCCCUUCUUUGUGUUUCACCAUCCGCCCUUGCACUGCCCGCGUGCUGCAGGUGAUGCAGCAUGUGAUAGUGCUAAGGCAUCGCCAGCCAAGUCGGAUUUGUCCUCCUUGGCCAUCGGGGACCACGUGGAGGGCACGUUUGUGGAGAUUCCAGAGACUGUGUUUUCCAGCCCAGCCAGCCCAGCUGCGCAGUCCGGUCUCACGCCACAGAUGGCUGGACUCAGCCUAGAGGUUUUCACACCCGAGAUCAAGAAGACGCAAGGGAAAGACCAGGCUGUUACGGCUGUUACACCCAAGGCCCAGAAGACGCAGGAGAAAGGCGAGGCUGCUACGGCUGUUACACCCGAGGUCAAGAAGACGCAGGGGAACGACAAGGCUGUUACACCCGAGGUCAAGAAGCGUUCUUUCUUGGAGGCUUUUACUACACCCGAGACCAAGAAGCCCCCUCGAACGCCUCCGCGCCCGGAAAAGAAGCUGCGUGUGUCGUGCGGCCUUGAACCCAGCGACGCUCCACCUUCGCCACAGAGGCAAGAGAAGGCUCGCGCAGUCCGUCGCUUGUGCUUUGCGAGCAGUGAGCCCGAAGGGCAGAAAGCUCGGUCUGAGAUCGAGGUUGUUGCUGUGCAGUCGGUCCCUGCGCCAGCUGCAGCUGUGCCUCUGCUGCGGCCUGCGGUUGCAGCCCCGAAAGCACCACCCGCCGUGGCAGAGACUCCGAAAGCCUCACCUGUUCCGCUCGAGCCUGCGGCUGCACCCGCCGUGGUUCAGACUCCGAAAGCCUCACCGCAGCCACCUGCUGCGGUUGAGACCACGACUGCACCACCCCCCGUCGUCGAGACUCCGAAAGCCUCACCUGUUCCGCUCCAGCCUGCGGUUGCAGCCGCUGUGGUUCAGACUCCGCAGCCACCGCAGCCUGCGGUUGAGACCCCGCAAGCACCGCCCGCCGUGGUCGAGACUCCGAAAGCCUCACCUGUUGUGCUUCAGCCUGCGGUUGCACCCGCCGUGGUUCAGACUCCGGAAGCCUCACCGCAGCCACCUGCUUUGGUUGAGACCCCGAAAGCACCGCCCGCCGUGGUCGAGACUCCACCGCAGCCACCUGCUGCGGUUGAGACCCCGAAAGCACCGCCCGCCGUGGUCGAGACUAAGACUGCGGUUGAGACCCCGAAAGCACCGCCUGCCGUGGUCGAGACUCAGAAAGCCUCACCCGCUCCGCUGCAGCUUGCGGUUGAGAGCCCCGAAGACACAACAGCGGAGCAGCCAGCGGGAUCUGUGAAGCCGAAGGUCCCAGCCCCCAAGCCCGCGCCAAGAGAGGCUUCCGCCAAAGCAUCCCUGCUUCAGGCGCUGACAAAGCAAGCUGAGUCUUCGGAGACCAACCCGAUUGCACGGCGUGCCGAGGAGUCAGCUUCGGGCACUGGAUCAGUCGUCCGAAAGACGAAGAGGAACAUCGUGAACAUUCAGAUCGUCUUACGGGCGAUCAACACCACCCUGAAGACCUGCUUUGGCUUCGACCUUGCCCACUUUGCACCACGGACGAAGCUCAAGUACUCAACAGAUCGCAUGCCACUAGAUGCACCGGAAGCAAAGCUGCGGCCACUCCUCAAGGGAGUGGCCGACCAAGAGAAGGUGGGCGUGAAAUUAUGGAAGCUGCUCGCGCGGCAGCUGCGGUGUUUCUAUGAGCCAGAUACCUUGCACGGGUCGUGGAACGAUUGCCGAAACGCCUUAGUGCGUGCCGGCCAAGCCAUGAAUAUGCUGAAAGCCACGAUCCUGGCUGCGACCUCGCACGGACCGUUUCAAGGCGGUGCUACGUGGCUCAGCAAGCAACAAGCUGCUCGCAAGUUCGCCGAUCGGCAUAGGUUCGAUGCCGAGAAAAUGCGCGACAUGGCGGAACUCAUGCGGCUUGACUGCGGCCACGACACGGAUCCGGAGGAGGUGCCAACAAUGAUCGCGGAUUGGGGCAGCGCCGAUGCCAUCCGCAAACGUGGGAUGUAUAUCCGUGGCAAGGGCUGGUUCAGCCUCACAGAGCGGUGUCUCUCAUUGUGCACGGAGUGGACCAUCAGCGCUGAGAUCAUGGCAGAGCUCGCAGCGGAGCAGGUGGAUGAGAACUUCGAGGCUGCCAACGCCGACCAGCUCAUUGAAGAGGAGGAUCCAGAUGAGCCUCGCACUGUGAAGCAGUUCCAGAAGUGGCGAGCCAAGUUCGAGAACAACGUGCAGUUGAGUGCUGAGUUGCUGCAAGACAGGUCACUGCAGUCGAGCCUCCGCAUGAUUGCCCUCGCCACGGAGGACGUCAGCAAGGACUUCUACCGGACGGUCCAGGCUCAGAAACAGGGGCAGGAGAAGCAACUGGCAUGGGUGGCUGGACGCUUUGAGGGCUCUGGCUACAAAGCGCCAGAUCCAGUGUCGUGCCGCCAGCUGUCGUGGAUCCAGGAGGAAUCGGCGCUUCUGGCCGACACGUGGAAGGUGUUGCUCGAGCUGGCCUGUGCUAGGACCUGGUCACAAGCUAUGUAUUGGUGCUGCCCACCUUUCCUCCUGGGCUCCUCCUUCGCAUCCACUGCAGCGGAACGCGAGAGCCUGGCGCUCCUUCGUCAACUCGAUGCUGGGCUGAAGGCAGCGCAUGGCCUGCUGCAGCACGGCGCUGCUGAUGGCGACAGCAGAGGUCCCGCUAUCCGCGACCUCCUGGAGGACUACGAGCUGGUCCAGCGAGACAGGACAGACAGAAGCGGCACCUAUUGGACAGCUUCGGAAACUCUCCCACGGGAGCUGGAACUCAACACCACGGACGAGGUCAACGUGAAGUGGGUGAAAGCUGGAACAUUGGCAGAUAUGAGAAUGGCUGCGGCGACCAUGACCCUGGCCGAGCUUCACACGAGCGACUUCCGCAACUUGGAAGCGACCUGGGCGGGCCUGAUUGUGCUCAAUUCGACGGAGGACGGUGCAGUUCUCUCGCUUGGAUUUCGCAAGUGGGCAGCACAGACGAUUCCAUUGGAGAUUGAGAAGGAUGCCCGAGGCCGUCUUCUCUUCGUGUUGCCACAGGCACAAGAUCAGCGGCCCACUCAACGCCCGCGUUGGAUGUGGAACACAUGUGCAUCAGCUGAGGACACGAACUUCAAAGGUUGCACUGUAGAACUGCUGCAUCCAGCAGCCGUGCCAGCUCGACUCAAAGAGCAUUCGUGUGUGCUCGAGGCCGUCAGCCCUGUGGAGCCACUGCUAAAGGCUGCUCUGCGGAGUGGACGUUGCUUCCUGGAUGUGCCUGCCUUGAAGAAGUGCUGUGUAGCAAACGGAGCUGCCGAUCCGACGCCAACUGGCAAAGUCGGCAAAAAGGGCAAGCGCAGCAUCAUGAAGAUAGACAGGGCGCUGGUGCUUCUUGCGAAGCUUUUCCCCGAGAUUCCGGCCGGCAGCGAGGAACAUUCUAAGCUUCUCCAAGGUAUCAUGGGCGAGCGGAGUCAGCCUAUGACGGAGGCCUGCGCUGUCGAUGUCCUUGCAGGCGUGAAGCUUCUGGACAGAGACAACGGUGAAAAGUUCGCAGGUCUCGCAGCCGUUGCCCAGCAGAUCGAAACAGAUUUCAAGAUCAAGGAGGCCAUGAAGCCAGGGCGGGGAGAAAGUGAAGGGCCCAACCAGCCCCGUCGCAAUUUCACGCCCACGAGCAGAGAGAUCCACGAUCUAGUGGAGCGAUUGCAAGCAGAACGGGAGGAGGCAGAUGCGGCAGCGGCUAGAGCUGCACCAAAUGCCAAAGGCAAGAGUAAGGGUGCAGGUGGUGAGCGAUUGCAAGCAGAACCGGAGCAGGCAGAUGCGGCAGCGGCUAGAGCUGCACCAAAUGCCAAAGGCAAGAGAAAGGGUGCAGGUGGUGAGCGAUUGCAAGCAGAACCGGAGCAGGCAGAUGCGGCAGCGGCUAGAGCUGCACCAAAUGCCAAAGGCAAGAGAAAGGGUGCAGGUGGUGCUGUGGAGCCAGCCGCAAAGCGGCGCAGGGCUCAAAAGUGA